AUGGACGAAAAGACCAAGGCAGCGACAGAUCUGGAGACACGCUUGACGCAGUUAAGUUUAGCAGUAAAGAGAUCGCAAUCUAUCAUCGAGUCAGGUAAGCGAGUAGCUAUAAAUAGGCAUCUCGAAGCGUUACAAACUACCGCUAAAGAAGCAUCACGAUGCAAACUCGCUGUCGAGGCAAUCAAAAUUGUCGAGAAAGAGGACCAAACUGUGAUAAACGAAUGGAGUAACGAGAUUGAUGAGAAAUUUGACGCGGCCGACGAGGCCACAAUACGACUCGAAAAAUGGCUUGCUGAUGCAGAUAAGGCCGAGCAGUUUGUAACGCAAGAGGAACAGUUGAAAUUUGAACUCAAGUUGCAUGAAAAAAAGCUGCAAAUGCAAGCUGAACUUGCCCAAUCCUCAGUACAAAAACCGGAAACUCAGAAAUGUGAACAAUUUACAACACAAUCUGCCAAAUUGCCAAAGCUUGUGAUAUCAAAAUUUGAUGGCUCUUGCAUGAAUUGGCCUAAGUUAUGGGGACAGUUUAGCGAAGCAAUUGAUAAAAGUUCUGUCGCCCCGACUACAAAGUUCACAUAUCUUUUGGAGCUACUUGAGCCCAAAGCAAAGCGUUGCGUUGAAGCCUUGCCCUUUAACCCCGAAGGGUAUAAUCGAGCAAAAGCUAGCCAUUUUGCAAGACAAAUAUGGCAAAGAGCCUGA